AUGAAGUUCGCGGUAGCUGUACUGGUGUGUUUGGCAGCGGCUGUGAUUGCGCACGCCGAUCCCGAACCUGACCCCAUGCCCGAAGCUAAUCCUGAACCAACAGCUGACCCUGAUCCCUCCAAGAGCUAUAGCUACCAGGUAGUCCACCAUGGCUAUCCUCACUACGGCUACCACCAUGGUUAUCGCUACCCCUACUAUGGCUACGGUUACAGCCAUCACUAUGGUUACCCUUACACCUACCACAAGCACCACAAGAGAUCAGCCGACCCUGAAGCCGAAGCUGAACCUCAUUACAGUUAUUACGGAUACCCUCACUACUACAGAGGGUAUUACGGCUAUCCUCACACCUAUCCUUACUAUGCCGGCUAUCGCUACCGCUACCGGGGAUGA